AAUCGCCAGAUCCAAUUCCCAUCAAGAUCCAUCUCCUAAAAUCUGUAAAUUUAAAAGUACUAAAACCCCCCCGUUAACAUUUGAAAUUACAGGGUUUGGUUUAUAAGAAAAGAAUGAAGUUUCAUUUUCCCUGUUCAGAAUGUUUCUGCUCAACUUCAGAGGAUAAAGUGGUCCAUAAGAAUGGUAAAGGUCAGCGUGAAGAAAGAGCUAAGAAUUUUAGGUUAUUUUCUUACCCUGAGCUGAAAGUUGCUAGUGAUGGUUUCAGUUCCAAGAACAAAGUUGGGGAGGGAGGAUUUGGCUCUGUUUACAAGGGUCGACUCAGAGACGGAACUAUCGUCGCAAUAAAAGUGCUCUCCGUUGAACUCGAAUCAAUGAGAGGCGAGCGUGAAUUCAUAUCCGAAAUCGCUGCAUUAUCUGAUGUACAACACGGAAAUCUCGUUACUCUUCAUGGGUGUUGCGUCGAAGGAGCCAAACGAUGUUUGAUAUUAGAUUACAUGGAAAACAAUAGUCUUGCAUAUCGAUUUCUAGGUAGCGAGCAAAACCGGACCAGAUUUAGUUGGGCAAUGAGGAAGAAUGUUUCCUUAGGAGUUGCGAAAGCAUUAGCAUAUCUUCAUGAAGAAAAGAACCCCCAUAUAGUUCAUAGAGAUAUCAAAGCAAGCAAUGUACUUCUAGAUCACGAUUUUAAUCCAAAAGUUGCCGAUUUCGGGCUCUCAAGAUUAUUUCAAGACGGCACGUCUCACAUUAGUACUCGUGUUGCCGGGACACUAGGGUAUCUUUCUCCAGAGUACGCUAUCAGCGGACGUUUAACUCGCAAAUCCGAUGUUUAUAGCUUCGGUGUGCUUCUUCUAGAAAUCGUCAGUGGCCGGUCUGUUGUCGAUUUCGAUGUGGAACAUGGAGAACAAUUCCUGGUUGAUAAGGCCUGGGAUAUGUACAAUAGCGAGUCUUUGGUGGAGCUGGUGGAUCAUCUGUUGUUAGAAGAGGCUGAUGAUGGGUUAAGAUCAGAAGCAGUUCGGUUCUUGAAGGUGGGGUUACUAUGUGUUCAAGAAAACACAAAGCUUCGGCCCCGCAUGUCUGAAGUCAUCAAGAUGUUGACCAGCGAAAAUAGUGUUGAUGGAGUCACGAUUUCGCAGCCGGGGUUCGUGGCUGAUCUCAUGGAUGUUAAGAUCGAUGAUAAGAAAAAGUCUAGUCAGAGUUUUUGAUGGUUGUAACAUAUGUAAAGCUUGUUUCUUGGUACACCAUCAUGCUCACCAUAGAGAGAUAUAUGAAUCCUACAAGUUUGUUUAUUGAAAUCUGACUAAUAUGUAAGAAAGAUGACAUUUAACUGGUUUGCAGAAUAGAAUAGAAACGGUAGGUUUUGUUUA